ACAUCACUCGCUUACUCUCCACGCGUGACAGCCACCAGAUCCCAAUUCCAACGCCCCGCCAGCUGAAGCUCCAGGUUUAAGGCCGCCGCCGCCACCGCCGCAGCAGAGAAGAAAAGAGAUGUCAUACCUUCUGCCUCACCUUCAUUCCGGCUGGGCUGUUGACCAGGCUAUCCUUGCUGAAGAGGAACGACUUGUUCUCAUCAGGUUCGGACAUGAUUGGGAUGAGACCUGUAUGCAGAUGGAUGAAGUGUUAGCAUCAGUUGCUGAGACAAUAAAGAACUUUGCUGUGUUAUACUUGGUUGAUAUAACUGAGGUGCCUGAUUUUAAUACAAUGUAUGAGUUGUAUGAUCCAUCCACAAUUAUGUUCUUCUUUAGGAACAAGCACAUCAUGAUUGAUCUUGGUACUGGAAACAACAACAAGAUCAACUGGGCAAUGAAGGACAAACAGGAAUUCAUUGACAUUGUCGAAACUGUGUAUCGUGGUGCAAGAAAAGGUCGUGGUCUAGUCAUUGCACCCAAAGAUUACUCUACCAAGUAUCGAUAUUGAUUACUUGUUUGUCAUGCAUUUGGACAAAUACUGAUAGCACACCUAAUAUUACGCAUGUAUAACUAAUAUCUUGUUGCCGACUUCAUAUUUUUCUGAUUGCACACAGUUACACCUGAUUGUAGACUGUAAAACUAAUAUCAGGUGGCUGAAGAUUUCUUUCUGAGACUGUAUUUUAGUCCUUGGAUUCAAUAAUCAGGUGUGUUCUUAGCAUGUAUCUUUUA